UGACACUUGGAAAUCAAGUGCAGCGUUCAGCCAUCCAUCGCAGUCCAGCGAGGCGAGAUGAGGAGCUCCUUCUAGAGAAUCCUGUGCCCUGUGAUGAGUGGGGGGAUAAGGAUCAGCGCACCCGCACGUACGGGUGCAGCGGCAGGUAGGACCCCCAGCCUAGAGUUCCUUCUUUACUCCCACUCCCCAGGGUCAGGCAGGCAGGGAGCAGCCACAGCCUGCUAGGGAGAGACGCAGACGGCACAUGAAAACUACAAGAAAUCCGCUGCGAAACUCCGGAUUAAAAAUAAGGACUUGGCCUUCUGGAAUCCCCCGCUAAACCAUAGGCGUGUUCUAUUGGAAGUUGGAACAAAACCAUGGAGAGUGAAAUCAUGGCCUCCUAUGAAACAAAGCAGAAUUGCGAAAUUAGGGUAUUUGAGAGUUCAGACGAGAUGGCAACAGAUCUGGCAGAGUUUAUUUCACAAGCUUCAGAAAUUUCAGUUAAGGAAAGAGGAUGCUUUGCUAUUGCCCUUUCUGGAGGUCCUCUUGUUAGACAUAUGCGGAAGCUCUGUGAAGCACCAUACAACAAGACCCUUGAUUGGUCUAAAUGGUACAUCUUCUGGGCUGAAGAACGUGCAGUUGCAAAGAACCAUGCAGAGAGUAACUACAAAUUAACAAAGGAAGAAUUUCUCUCCAAGGUGCCUAUCCUUAACGGCCACGUCUACUCCAUCAACGACAACGCGACGGUGGAAGAGGCAGCGAGCGACUACGAGUUCGUGAUGCGGCAGCUGGUGAAGGUCCGGACGGUGGGAGUCUCGGAGAGCAACGACUGCCCCAGAUUCGACCUGGUCCUUCUGAACAUCGGGCCUGACGGGCACGUAGCCUCGCUGUUCCCCAACCACCCAGCGCUGGAGCUGAAAGGCGACUGGGUGACCUACAUCACCGACUCCCCGGAGCCUCCGCCCGAGAGGAUCACCUUCACCCUUCCCGUCAUAAACUCGGCGUCCAGCGUCGCCAUUGUUGCCACCGGAGAGGACAGGGCGAGAGCCGUGUCCUUCUCCGUCUCUGCCUGCCAGGACCAGGAGGAGGAAGGCCCAGCAGACGACGACGCUGGAACGACGAUGAUACCGCCGGCUAGCAUGGUUCAGCCAACCGAUGGGAAGUUGGUAUGGUUCCUGGACGAGGCGGCUGCUUCGUCUCUUGAGGCUUCGAAUGGCGCUUGCGAGCAUCAAGAAGGGUACUGAGAACAGACUGGAUGCUACCUCUGCGAACGCCGCCUACAGUACUCUCUGGUUUCUUCAGAGUCGAAAGUUUGCAUGCAGUUGGAUGUGGGCAAUUAAGAGUGAAGCGGUUUGUGUGUUUUUAUGUCAAGACCUCACGCAUAUCGCGCGGAGUAGCUAAGCUCGACCGUAUAUUGGUUGCGACGUAUGAUCCUUGUUUUAUUUAAGUGUGUUGGCGGUUUUAUCCUACCUGAAACUAGAUUCCUUCUUGUGAGGCUGGCUAUUUUGGUAUUCAUAGGCCCUGUUCGUU